UAAAACCAAAUUAAUUUUAUUUCUGUUUUAAAUGAAAUUUAUGUUGUUUGGUGAAUAAGUUUGCCCUACUUAUAAUUAUUUAACAAAUAUUUACGUUUAUAUACAUUUGUUUAGUGCCAAUAUAUAAAAAGUUAAUGUAAACAAUGGAAGGGACAAGUGGUAGGAAACAAAAAACCUGGACUGACGAAGAACGAUUAGAGCUUGCCUCAAAAUUAGAUACUGAACUCGAUGAAUAUAUAAGUAAUUUGGAAAAGAAGAGCUAUACAGAAGGAUGGCCAGAAGAUCGGUGGGAAGAGGAAAUGGAAAAACAUCCAUUUUUCAUGAAAAAGACACCGGAACCUGGUGAAGAACUUUCUCCCUUGAUGGAAGGGUUGCAACAACUAAAAUAUGGAGAAAAUGAAAAUACAUCUGAGGAACUUGCAAAUAAUUAUAAAGAAGAUGGAAAUUUCAAUUACAAAUACAAAAAGUAUAGAUUAGCUAUUUUGAGUUAUACAGAAGGCAUAAGAACUAAGUGCAAAGAUAUUGAUUUAAUGGCACAGCUUUAUAAUAAUAGAGCUGCUGCACAUUUUAUGUUAAAGAAUUAUAGAUCAAGCUUAAAUGAUUGUAAGCUGGCUCUUAAAUUAAAACCAGGUUAUAGUAAAGCUUUGAAUAGAGCUGCCGCAUGUUGUUUUCAUGUGAAAAAUUAUGAUCAGUGUAUUGAAUUUUGUGAUCAAUUACUUGACGAUUGUGCUUCUGACAAGACAGUAUUAAAUUUGAAAUCACAAGCAGUAGCUGCAAGAGAACGUUUAAAAAGAGAUAAACGAAAACAAGAUAGAUUUGACAAGCAAUUAAAUAAGGAAGAAGAAGAAUUGAUAAACAUAAUCAAGUGUAAAGGUAUUAAUUUAGAAUUUACUGAAGAGAAGAAAUAUCCAGAUUUAAAAGAUUUAGAACCUCAAAUGCCACAGAGAGCACAGAGCAGGGUACACCUAGAUGCACAGAAUAACCUUAUUUGGCCAGUUAUGAUUUUAUAUCCAGAAACACAACAGACAGAUUUCAUACAAAAUUUUCACGAAGAUACAUUGUUGAUAGAACAAUUAGAACAGCUGUUUUACGAACCACCUACAUGGGAUUCACAGAGACGUUAUACUCUUCAGAAUAUAAAUGUUUAUUUUGAGGGUAAAGAUAAAUGUUCUUUACAUAAGGUGAACAUCCAUCAGUCUCUAGGAAAAAUAUUGCAGGACGAGCGAUUUAUAGUACGUGGAGGAACGCCGGCGUUUUUGAUAUUUGUAAAAUUCAGCGAAGCGGAGAAGCGAUUUUUGGCCAACUAUUAA